AUGUAUCUAACUACUGCCAAUCUCUGGUUUGCCACCUGGCUCAGUGUCUUUUACUGCAUGCAGAUUUCCAACUUCAGCUGACCCCUCUUCUUCUGGCUGAAGAUGAGACAAUCAGGGCUACUGACACAGCUACUCGUUGUCUCCUUGCAGGCCGUCACUUCUCUGUGCAAACAUAUCAAGAGGAUGGAAAAAAAUGCAAGCAGCUCCAGGGAGGCCAGCAGUGAGGCUCAUGACAGUGCUGUUACAUCUCUGAGCUCUUUCCUUUUAUUUUAUAUUGUUUAUUUUGAGUCAUGAGGUCUAUUUUUUUUAUCAAAAACAUUUGCUGUUGGCAGCCUUUACUUCAUUAGGUUCUGUGGAGUGAUUAUGGCUGCUUAUCCCUCUGGGCACUCUGUUAUCCUGAUUUUAGGCAAUCCGAAGAUGAAGAAAGCAGCAAUGAGGGCUCUAAACCAUGUCAAGUGCAGGCUGACAGAGGAGACUCCAUAA